CAGAGGAGGGCAGUCAGAAGUGUGGACUCUCCUGCUCGGUGUGUCUGUGGCUCCCUCGCCCCUGGCUGAAGCAGACGGAGAUGGACAGCCUGACGCCGGCCGCGGUCGCUCUGCUGGCGGUGUUAGCCUUCGCCGCCGAGGACUCCUGCAUCGGCCGCUGUGAGAACGGCUUUGACUCCAAGAUGAAGUGCCAGUGCGACUCCAUGUGCCGAUACUACAAGAGCUGCUGUUCCGACUACGAGUCCAUGUGUGGCAGCAAGAUAGCUCGUGGAGACACAUUUUCUUUUGCUGAGGACGAUGAUGAGCAGUUCAACAGCACCACACCAGAGGCCACGCCCAGUCCGCUACAGCAACCAGAGGCCACGCCCAGUCCUCCACAGGAACUAGAGGCCACGCCCAAUCCUCCACAGCAACCAGAUGCCACGCCCAGUCCUCCACAGGAACCAGAGGCCACGCCCAGUCCUCCACAGGAACCAGAGGCCACGCCCAGUCCUCCACAGGAACCAGAGGCCACGCCCAGUCCUCCACAGGAAGUUAGGAGCUACAGCACCGAUGCAGUGUUCCAGAAAACUUCAUACUGGGAUGUUACAACAAAGCAGCCCACACCAACAGACACAAACACCCCCACAGCCCUGCCUACAGCUAGCCCACGGCCUGCAGGCCUCCCUACGACCGCGCCCCUCCCCACUCCAGCCCCGAGCCCAGAGGCAGAGGCCUGCAGCGGCCUGCCCUUUGACGCCUUCAUGCAGCUGAAGAACGGCUCCAUCUACGCCUUCAGAGGUGAUUACUUGUUUGAGCUGAACGAUAGAGCAGUGUUGCCGGGAUAUCCCAAACUCAUCAAGGACGUGUGGGGCAUUGCUGGGCCCAUCGACGCUGCCUUCACCCGCAUCAACUGCCAGGGCAAGACUUACAUCUUCAAGGGAAAUAAGUACUGGCGGUUUGAGGAUGGCGUGUUGGAUGAUGACUAUCCACGAGAUAUUUCUGUUGGAUUUGAAAAAAUACCUGACGAUGUUGAUUCUGCCUUUGCCGUUCCUGCCACUAACCACCAUGGCAAAGAGAAGGUUUAUUUCUUUAAAGGGGAUCGGUAUUAUCAGUAUGAGUUUAAGCACCAGCCCACGCAUGAGGAGUGCGUCAAGAUGAGCAGCAUCUCCCCCUCCCUCCCUUUCACUCGCUACGCCCACCUGUACUACGACCGCUGGGAGCAGCUCUUCCAGCACAUGUUCCAGGGAGGGCAGGAUAACCAUAGCCCGCGCUUCAUUAACAGGGACUGGGUGGGCAUCCGUUCCCCUGUGGACGCUGUGAUGGUGGGCCGGCUCUACAUAUCCAGCAGACCCCUCCGCUCCAGGCAGGGGGGCCCGUGGGGCCAGGGGGGCCCGUGGGGCCAGGGGGGGCCGUGGGGCCAGGGGGGGCCAUGGGGCCAGGGGGGGCCGUGGGGCAGGAGACGGCAGCAGCAGCACAGGCAGAACCGCUCCCCCCAGUGGGGCUCCAUCGCAGACUGGGGCACAGAUCUGGGACAGGACUACGCCGACAAGUUCUACAACUACGAAAAACGCAGGCAGGACCAGGACCAGGACCAGGACCAGGACCAAGACCAGAACCGGAACCGGAACCAGAACUGGAACCAACAGCAGAACAACUACCGGCCACAGCAGUAUGAUGACUCUGAUUACAGAUACAGACCAAACCUGCACUUUGGAGACAUGGGACAGCCUGUACAAAAUGUCUAUUUCUUCAAGAAAGACCAGUACUACAGAGUGGAUUUACAGACAAAGAGCGUGGACUUCGCCAAUCCUCCCUACCCACGAUCCAUUGCCAAGUACUGGCUGGGCUGCCCAGUCAGGCCAGGAGCAGAAAAGCGAUGAACUACGACAUGCACACGCACACACGCACACGUACACACACACGCAUACACACACACACGCACACGUACACACACACACGCAUGGUCAAGGCUCGAUACAAAAACAUAAUAUUAUUCAUCACAUUUUUCUACAAGCAAGUCACCUUCAGCACUCAGGUGAAAGGAUAAUUGUGUGAGAAUGUGUUGUGUGGGUGGCCAGGUUCACUGCUCUUCCUUUUGGUGGGGGUGAACACAAGGCCAUACACAUGCACCCUGUCUGACCUGUGGAUAAACAAUGUUUGUUUGUGUCUCUGGUCAAUGUUGCAUUCUGGCAGCAGACUAAGGCAAAGUUCAACUCACUUAGCUGUCCUAUUGGACACCGCCAUGGCUGCCCACGGCUCUCCCUCGUGAUCUGACUGGGGCACCAUUCGCCUGAGGGCGACAGGCAAGGGGGAUCGACAACAGCUUCCUCAAGAUACUGCUCUUGUGUAUUUUGUGGUGGCUAUUUCUAUAUCACAUUAAACUAAUAUAAUAACAUCA